AUGUCUUACGCGCACCAAGGAGGAGCGAACUAUCAAAGCGUUCCCAAUCCCAGCGACGGAAGUUUCAAUCGCAAUAUGAGCGGAAAUCCGCAGGGCUUCCCCGCCCCGGGAAGGCGCUCGACAGGAGAUGCGAGCGGAAGUGCUAGUGGCUCUGCAGAAUCGGGUCGAUCGAGCAACUCCCCGAUGAUCUCAAACAAUCAAGGAGGCGGUGGCGGUGGCAGCUAUGUGGGAAGCCAGAGGGACCUGACGACGAAUGGGGAAUAUGGUCCUUAUUCUCAUCUGCGAAAGGGAAGCAUGGGAAAGAUGGGAAGCAGACCUGGUCAGGGUAGAGGUGCUUAUGCUGCUGGUGGCGCUGCUGCUGGAGCCACGCUGGGAGCCAAUCUGAAUCAACACGACGCUGGAAACAGAGCUAGCAAUUACAGCGCUGCUUCAUCAUACGGCGGGGACAACAAGAAGUACUACCAGCCGCAGCAGGACGGUCUGCUUUGGGACGGCAAGGGCGAAGCAGAGCCAGAUGACUACUUGGUGAGUCCUGCGUGCCCUGCAUAUGGCUACAAUUUGACAGUGUGGCCAACGCGCGCGCGCUGCUAACAUGCUACUGCUUCUUUUGUCUUGCAGCACAACCCCGACUCCAAGCGAGGAGACUCUUUGCACCCCUGCUCAGCGAGAGGCAUCCUCAACGUGCUUGCCCUGGUGGUGAUCGUUACAGGUCUGUUGGCCCUUUUCGCUGGUUACCCCAUCAUUGCGCAUUACACGAAGCGGCCAGACAACACGUCUGGCUUCAACAUUGGCGGAACUAAUGGUUCGGGGCAGGUGCCAAAUGUUCCAAGCAUCUUGGGUCUCGUAGACAACGAUACACUUCCCGCUGACCGGGAGUGGACCAACCCCGAUGGUAUCAAGCAUCACUGCGUCUUCUCUGACGAAUUCAACACUCCAGGACGCACCUUUUGGCCCGGCGAUGAUCCCUACUGGACGGCAGUCGACAUUUGGUACGGAGCUACGGGCGGUGCGUAGAUGGUGAAGCUUGUCACUGCAUCCAUUAGACCUCGCUGACUUGGCCCACGCUCGAACACAGAUUACGAAUGGUAUGCGCCUGAGCAAAUCAACACCACUGACGGACAUUUGCAAAUCACGAUGGAGGAUCGUCCCACUCACAAUCUCAACUUCCGAAGUGGAAUGCUUCAGUCCUGUGAGUUUGUCGGUGUAGCUGUUCAGUAUACGAGAUGCCGAUUUGCUCAUGAGAUACUACCUUUUGCCCAUGCGUACGCACAGGGAAUAAAUUCUGCUUCCAAGGUGGAUACAUUGAAUUCUCUGCCAUUUUACCUGGCAGCCCGAACACUCAGGGCUGGUGGCCAGGUCUCUGGACCAUGGGCAACCUCGGUGCGUUGCGUUGUUUUGCAAGGCUGUGAUGCUCACACGGGCUCAUUCUAGUAUCUGCUCCUUGAUCACAGGUCGUCCCGGCUACCUUGGAACGACUGAUGUACGUAAUGUGUCAUCGAUCUCUCUGCUCCGAAGCUGACUGUCCCGCGCUUCCUCUGAUCCACGCGACUGCAACACUGUCAACAGGGGUGAGUCUCCUCCUCUUCCCUCCCACGUUCCUUGCGCGCUUCACGCUGACCUCUUCCUCUUGUCUCUGCUUGUUCCUGCCGCUGUGAAGAACUUGGCCGUACAGUUAUCAAGGAUGUGAUAAUGGGAUCCGACCGAAUCAGAGUGAUAUCGCAAAUGGUACACCAGAUUCGGUUGUGACUUCUGUGAAGUAUGGCAAGACGGGUCUGAACUGGCUUCCAGGUAUGCGGCUUCCCGCAUGCACAUGCUCAGGCGAAGAUCACCCAGUGAGUGGAUAGGCGCUAGUGUUAGGCGUGGGACAUUUCGCAUGCCUGGCAUGCUGACACGCUUAUACACGCGCUCAGGGUCCCAACAACAAUGUCGGUCGAUCUUCACCCGAAAUUGACGCGCUCGAAGCUCAGACGGCGCAGGGUGUGGGCGAGGCUUCGCAGUCGUUGCAGACCGCUCCAUUCGAUCUCGCCUACGAUUGGGAUCAAGACGUCGCGGUGCUUCACCCGGGAGGUGGAACAAAGAUCAACAGCUACACUGGUGGUGUGUACCAAGAGGCCGUUUCUGGUCUGUCGCCCAUCCCGAACAAGGCAUACGAGCUCGCCAACAACCCUACCUUUACAACCUUUGGUUUCGAGUACGUUCCCGACUAUGAUAACGACGGCAGCGGUUCCAUCACUUGGUACAUCGAUGGCCAGCAAACCUGGACAGUCACCGGCGCCUCAACGCCUCCUCGUCCCAACAUCGGUAUCGGUCGCCGACCUAUCCCCACCGAGCCGCUCUCCAUCAUCCUGAACUUGGGUAUCUCUGAAGGUUUCCAACACAUCGAGUUCGACACUCUCCAGUUCCCCGCUACCAUGAAGGUUGACUACGUCAGGGUGUACCAGCGCGAUGGUCAACCCGACAGGACCAGUUGCGAUCCCGCUGAUCAUCCAACUGCAGACUACAUCAACAGACAUGGGGACGUGUACAACAACCCGAACGUCACGCAGUGGAGAGACAAGUACAACUGGCCCAAGAACAAGCUCAUCGACGGCUGCUGA